UUCCAAAGGUCGCCAUAGUGGAGAUAUGAGCAAACACAAUCCAAUAAUAAUUGGAUUGUGAGUGCAAUUUGUGAUUGCACUCACUCCCCAUUUCAAGAAACAGGGAGACGUCACUGCAUUCCAUUUACUGAUGGGGAUAGAAGUUCCUGGAAAAGACCCAAUGGGAUAAAUUUUAGUGAAGAUAAUUGACCCACCAGCUGAUCCCUGAUCUCGCCCAAAAUAUACUGAAUCCCUCCUUCAGCCAGAACCAAAAAUACCCCCUGCUAAAUCUGUGAACAAUCCACUGGUCACCUAUCUGAGUACGACCUCUAUACAGAAAGUCAUAGCAGUGGAAACAGAAUACGAGGACACGAAUUAUUGGUUAGACUGGGUUGUUUAUUCUGUUAAGCAGAGCAAGAUGGCGGACUGUCUGGCCUGUGCGGCUGCCCGACCAAGUUUGGGAACAGUGCCAUUUCCAUUUAACGCCCACAAUAACCCAAGAGGACAACUCUGUAUGUACAAACUCUAUGGACAAAAAUCCCCAGCAGAUUGUGUCGACAUUGCACAAAAGUAUCCAGUGGUAAAAAUAAAUGACAUUCCACCUGACUUCACGUCUUACGAGGGACUGUAUGACUGCAUCACAAGGGACUACCUAAAAGGUACAGAAGUAGGAACUCUUAGGUGGUGCAAUUCUACAACGAUUUUAAGUAACCAGGAUUUUCUCCCAGGUAUAACUAUGCCCAUUAGACAGUAUCCCAGAACAGAUGUGUGGUGGUAUUGUGGCACUAAAACCCUGUAUUCAGUUUUACCACAGGAUUGGACAGGGACCUGUGCACUGGUACAGCUAGUGAUGCCUUUUUAUGCAGUACCGAUGACGGCCGAGCAACUGAUAAACAUGGCAGUCCAACCCAAAGCAACUAGAGCCAAAAGGUCAGUCUUUCCAGGGAGUUUUGAUUCCACUGUGUACAUAGACAGCAUAGGGGUGCCCAGGGGAGUUCCAGACGAGUUUAAAGCUAGAAACCAGAUCUUAGCAGGGUUGGAAUCCAUUUUCCUUUGGCCUACGAUAAAUAAGAAUGUGGACUGGAUUAACUAUAUCUACUACAAUCAGCAGAGGUUCAUAAAUCCCUCCAAGGACGCAAUGAAGGGACUAAGCGAGCAACUGGACAAGACCAGCCAGAUGUCUUUGCAGAACAGAGUGGCCCUAGAUAUGUUGCUGGCAGAAAAAGGGGGUGUAUGCAAAAUGUUUGGAACAUUAUGUUGUACUUUCAUUCCAAACAACACCUCACCUGAUGGAUCAGUAACCAAGGCUCUGAAGGGACUCACUACUCUAAGCAUGGAGUUAGCAGACAACAGUAGGAUAGAGAAGAACUCCCUGGGGGGUUUUUUAGAUGGUUGGCUGGGAAAGUACAAGGAUUUCCUAGUGAGUGGACUGAUGUCAGUGACAGUGGUGGUGGAGGAGGACGAGGACCUGUCAUUCUUCAAGAGUCUCUUGCCCACCAUGAGAGUGAUGUCAAGACAGAAGAAGUUAAGAGUCAGAUUUGACAUUCACAAGGUGGUUUUAGAGGCAGACCAGGAGGAAAAUUGA